UGUAUGAAGAUGAAGAUGAAGAAUCAUGGACAAUAAUAAUCACGUGGAAGCACAGGAUAGAGGAACAGUAUCGAUUCAAAUGGGCAGUAUUAAAAUGGAGGAAGCAGAGCUGUACCUGAUCAUCGAUAACCUUUUUCUAUCGGUCAGGGCUUUGGAGGAAAAGAGGGAUCAGAACUGUACGACAAGCCACAAGGCCGGGCUCUACUCUAACUCAGGUGUUCGUAGGCAGCCAAUCGAGGUGGAGGAGCGUUUUAGAGCUGUGCGGUCACAGAGGGAUUGUUUCGGAACCCUUAGAUGUAGGUUUUUCAAAUUGCUUCGCUUGGAACGUAAGAAUCCUCGGAUGCAGGUUUUAGACUACGACGCUUGGAGCGUAAGAAGUCUUAGACAUAGAUAUUCAAACUAUGCCACUUAG